AGUUGUGGGGUUAUCUAUACUUCUUUCUUCAUCAUGCUGUCGGCGGCGUCGAGGAUCUUGCGGGCCUGCCGUGAGGCAUCUCGCGCUGCCCGCUCAGCUGCGUCGGCGGCAUCUCGCUGCGCCGCGGUGAUCGCUCGCUCAUGCCCAGGCGGUGCGGCCGCCUCAGAUCCGCGUAGUCCCUCCCGGAGCCGCCUGUCCGUCCGCCGCGGCCGUUCCCCCAUCGCCGCACGGAGCCGCGGCAGUGGAUCCACGACCGCCGCGCCACCAACCAGCAUCCAUGGUCCCGCACCAGGUAAGGUGAUCUUUGUGGCAGAAGACAAGGACCUGGAGUCAGAUGAAGCCCUGUGGGCCUUGUACGAGCGCUGGUGCGAGGCUUUCAACGAGGAGCGAGACUAUAAUGAGAUGGCUACUCGGUUCAGCUACUUCAAGGAUACUGUGCUGCUUGUACACCAUACUAACAAUGCUGAUCUGCCAUACAAACUUGGAAUAAGCAUCUUUGCUGAUGGGAAGCUAUCAGAACUCAUGGCACCUAAAGUUCCUUUCAUAAACUUCGUUAGGAGAAGGCCUUGCUCUGUUGUUUCAGAGACAUCCGGCGAUACCUUGUGCAAGAAAGAACUUGAGGGACAGCAGCAGGAGAACUCAAAUCAAUCUGCAUGAUCUCUGGAGCAACUCUGGAUCUAGAGUAAGCUAUGCGUAGUUGUAGCACGUUGUGCUUUCGAACCAAAGUCAUGAUUAUGGAAGGCAUAUAUGAGCUUCUGUAAGUCAUGCGUAUUAUUUGUACUAUGUUAUGUUUCUGCCAGACAUUGAACUUUAAGAUGUCCCGUAUGGUAAUGCCAUGUUAUAUGUAAUCUUCAUACUGAAGAAAAAUGCUUGAAACAAAAAAACAAGUUUGAACUUUUUACCCAA